AUGGAACCAUACACCUAUGCACAGGGCGUGCAUUUCCGCGACGUGACGACGGCCGAGUGGGCGUCGACGGCCGCGUCGCUGGCGCAGGUGGUGCAGGCGGCCGCCAGGCACCUGCUGUCCGCGGAGAGCACCGGCCAGCCCGCCGCCGCCAGGUACCGCCAGCUGGCGCUGUCCGCCGUCGAGCGGCAGUUCAGCCACGCGCUCGGUCUGGCGCCCGGCACCGCCCACCGCAUCCUGGCGGUGGUUCGCGACUGGGAGAAGCUGCCGCCCCCGGAGGAGUGGGAGGCGGAGGCGGAGGGGGCGGGACCGCUCGACUUCCAGGACCCGCCGGGCCCUCAGCGGGAGCAGCUCAAGAACUUCCGCGACCGCCUGGCCGCCUCGCUGCCCAACGAGAACCGCGUCUACCUGGCCGUGCCCUGGAGCUCUAGCAGUCCCGGCCUGGACCCGGACAGCGAGGAGUACGAGGCGUACCUGACCAAGUUCCGCGAGCUGGUCACCGCCAAGCUGAAGGCGCUCAUCGCCAGGAGCCUCGAGGAGGAGCCGGAGGUGAAGGCCCGCAACAAGGCGGUCCAGGAGGUGUUCCAGGAGGCGCAGAGCCACCUGGAGCUCAUCUCUUCGCCAGACAUGGAGCCGUCCCUCCAGGACCCCGGGGGCGGCUGGUCCGAGUGUCUGGACAAGGUGAAGGCCAUGAUGGUGGCCGCCGCGCAGGGCACAGGGCGGCACCCGCCAGUGGUGGUGCGCGGCGGCCCGGGCAGCGGCAAGACGCUGCUGUUGGCGGCGGUGCACCGGCAGUGUGCCAGCUGGCUGGGGGAUGGUGUGGUGCACGUGAUCGAGUUGAGUGGUCAUGUUGCAGGGCGGCAUCUGCCAGUGGUGGUGCGCGGCGGCCCGAGCAGCAGCAAGACGCUGCUGCUGGCGGCGGUGCACCGGCAGUGCGCCGGCUGGCUGGGGGACGGUGUGGUGCAUGUGAUCGAGUUGAGUGGUCGUGUUGCAGGCCGACAGCCGUCAGUGGUGGUGCACGGCCGCCCGGGCAGCGGCAAGACGCUGCUGCUGGCGGUGGUGCACCGGCAGUGCGCCGGCUGGCUGGGGGACGGUGUGAUGCACGUGAUCGAGUUGAGUGGUCGUGUUGCAGGCCGACACACGCCAGUGGUGGUGCGCGGCGGCCCGGGCAGCGGCAAGACGCUGCUCUGGCGGCGGUGCACCGGCAGGCGGCAACCGCCAGUGGUGGUGCGCGGCGGCCCGGGCAGCGGCAAGACGCUGCUGCUGGCGGCGGUGCACCGGCAGUGCGCCGGCUGGCUGGGGGACGGUGUGGUGCACGUGAUCGAGUUGAGUGGUCGUGUUGCAGGCCGACACCCACCAGUGGUGGUGCGCGGCGGCCUGGGCAGCGGCAAGACGCUGCUGCUGGCGGCGGUGCACCGGCAGUGCGCCAGCUGGCUGGGGGACGGUGUGGUGCACGUGAUCGAGUUGAGUGGUCGUGUUGCAGGCCGACACCCGUCAGUGGUGGUGCGCAGCGGCCCGGGCAGCGGCAAGACGCUGCUGCUGGCGGUGGUGCACCGGCAGUGCACCGGCUGGCUGGGGGACGGUGUGGUGCACGUGAUCGAGUUGAGUGGUCGUGUUGCAGGCCGACACCCGCCAGUGGUGGUGCGCGGCGGCCCGGGCAGCGGCAAGACGCUGCUGCUGGCGGCGGUGCACCGGCAGUGCGCCGGCUGGCUGGGGGACGGUGUGGUGCACGUGAUCGAGUUGAGUGGUCGUGUUGCAGGCCGACACCCGUCAGUGGUGGUGCGCGGCGGCCCGGGCAGCGGCAAGACGCUGCUGCUGGCGGCGGUGCACCGGCAGUGCGCCAGCUGGCUGGGGGACGGUGUGGUGCACGUGAUCGAGUUGAGUGGUCGUGUUGCAGGCCGACACCCGUCAGUGGUGGUGCGCGGCGGCCCGGGCAGCGGCAAGACGCUGCUGCUGGCGGUGGUGCACCGGCAGUGCACCGGCUGGCUGGGAGACGGUGUGGUGCACGUGAUCGAGUUGAGUGGUCGUGUUGCAGGCCGACACCCGCCAGUGGUGGUGCGCGGCGGCCUGGGCAGCGGCAAGACGCUGCUGCUGGCGGCGGUGCACCGGCAGUGCGCCGGCUGGCUGGGGGACGGUGUGGUGCACGUGAUCGAGUUGAGUGGUCGUGUUGCAGGCCGACACCCGUCAGUGGUGGUGCGCGGCGGCCCGGGCAGCGGCAAGACGCUGCUGCUGGCGGCGGUGCACCGGCAUUGCGCCGGCUGGCUGGGGGACGGUGUGGUGCACGUGAUCGAGUUGAGUGGUCGUGUUGCAGGCCGACACCCGUCAGUGGUGGUGCGCGGCGGCCCGGGCCCGGGCAGCGGCAAGACGCUGCUGCUGGCGGUGGUGCACCGGCAGUGCGCCGGCUGGCUGGGGGACGGUGUGGUGCACGUGAUCGAGUUGAGUGGUCGUGUUGCAGGCCGACACCCGCCAGUGGUGGUGCGCGGCGGCCAGGGCAGCGGCAAGACGCUGCUCUGGCGGCGGUGCACCGGCAGGCGGCAACCGCCAGUGGUGGUGCGCGGUGGCCCGGGCAGCGGCAAGACGCUGCUGCUGGCGGCGGUGCACCGGCAGUGCGCCGGCUGGCUGGGGGACGGUGUGGUGCACGUGAUCGAGUUGAGUGGUCGUGUUGCAGGCCGACACCCACCAGUGGUGGUGCGCGGCGGCCCGGGCAGUGGCAAGACGCUGCUGCUGGCGGUGGUGCGCCGGCACUGCGCCGGCUGGCUGGGGGACGGUGUGGUGCACGUGAUCGAGUUGAGUGGUCGUGUUGCAGGCCGACACCCGCCAGUGGUGGUGCGCGGCGGCCCGGGCAGCGGCAAGACGCUGCUGCUGGCGGCGGUGCAUCGGCAGUGCGCCGGCUGGCUGGGGGACGGCGUGGUGCGCGUCUUCCGCGCCUGCGGUGCCACGCCGCGCUCCGCCUACAACCUGGAGCUGCUGCGCAUCCUCUGCCAGCACCUGCGCCUGCUACUCGACCCAGCUGACGCCGACGCCGGCGCCGCGCCGCCCAUCCCCAAGGACGCCUCCUUCGACCCGCUCUACGUCAACAACUGGUUCCAGACGCUGCUGCGGCGCUUCGAGGAGGGCGCACCCACGCCCACGGCCACGUCCGCGUCGCCCCCGCCGGUGCUGGUGGUGCUGCUGGACGACCUGCAGCGGCUCAACCCGCUGGACUCGGACAUCGUGGCGGCGCUGUCGUGGCUGCCCGUCAGCCUGCCGCGCCGCGUCCACGUGGUCGCCACCAGCGCCCUGCCACCCGACCAGCUCAAGAUCACCCCACUGCAGCGAGAGCGCUUCCGCGCCUCCGACUGCUGCGUGGAGCUCACCGGCGCCGUCGAGCCUGCAGAGUUAGAGCGCCGCGUGGAGUCUUCACUGGAGCAGCUGGAGGAGCAAGUGGGUAGGCUGGCCGUGUCGCGUCUGGCGGCCUUCCUCACCGCCACCGAGUUCGGCCUCUGCGAGACGGAGCUGCUGGAGCUGCUGAUGCCCACCACGGGCGGAGCGCUCAGCCUCGCCGCGGGCCACUUCAGCUUCAGCUCCAUGUGUGCUGUGCGACGGCGCAUGGGCGACCUGUUGCAGGAGAAGCUGAUGAGCGGCCGGCUGCUGGUGUGCUGGCGCCACGAGCUGGCGCGGGAAGUGGCGCGCCGGCGGUACCUGCACUCGCAGGACGUGCUGCGCGCCACGCACGCCGAGGUGGGCAACCUCUUCUUCAGCGAGUUCUCGGGGCAGCAGGCCAGCGAGGGGGACGGCGACGCCGAGGAGUCGGCUCCAUCGCCAACGGAAAACAAGGAAACGCCGUUUCAAACGAGUUUCCUUCCAGAUGACGUCACGUACAGCCUCAGACAUGUUGAAGAGUCUUGGAUUCACCUCCUGAAGGCUGGGGACAGCUGCCGGCUGAAGCAGCUGACGGUGUGCAACUUCGACUUCCUGCUGGCGGCGGUGCAGACGGUGUCGGUGAGCUACCUGCGCUGCGUGCUGGAGCACGUGCGCUGCUACUUGCUGGACCGCGACCUCGAGCUCGUCUACUACACCAUCCGCAAGUCCAGCGACGUGCUCACCAGGGACCCGCUGCAGCUGGGCGCCCAGGUCGUCUGCUGGCUUCGCCCCGUCGCAGAUGACAGUGGAGAUCUGGUGAGUCACAUGAUAACUGCAGCCAUGGCCUGGUGUGAUGGCUACACGGCACCAUUACUGGUUCCACUAAAUGGUUGGCUUCAACCUCCGUUACCCUUGCAGAUUAAAAGCCUGCAUUGUCCAGCUGGUGUAAAGCUGCUAGAGCCAACACCAUCUGGCCAGCACUUGGUAGUUGUACCACACAACGGGGACCCACAGCUGUGGCAUGUCAUGUCAAACACACUCACCCACACUUUCAAAGGACACAGUGGUCCAGUAUUAUGCCUAGCAAUUACUAAACAGUCACAGUAUCUGCUAACUGGCUCAGACGACAUCUCAAUCAUUGUCUGGGACUUGAAGUCUCUCCAGCUGAAACUGAGGAUAUAUGAGCACAUUGCACCAGUGCUGUGCCUGACCCCUGCACUCAGCAAUGCAGUCAUUGUUAGUGGCGGAGAAGACUCAAGAAUUAUCAUAACUUCACUACUCACUGGUGAUGUUGUCAUGAAGAUAGACCAUCACCGUGGUCCAGUAACUGCUGUCAAAGUCACCGCUGCGGGGGAUGUCCUCGUGUCUGGUUCCUCAGACUCAACUGUUUGUCUGUGGUCAUUAGAGAACUUCAAUUUGCUCAACUCCAUAAGCUUAGCAUCACCUGUCACAUUCCUGGAUGUGUCACUGGAUUCUGUAUUCCUUGUUGCUGCAUGUGAAGACAACCAACUGUACCUCCGUUCUCUUGCUACUGGAACGGAGAUACACUGCCUUCGAGGACAUAAGGCAGAGAUUCGGUCUGUUUGCUUGGCUCAAGAUAAUUGCCGAGCUGUAGUAGGUGGCUCUGAUGGCAAGAUAUAUAUUUUUGAUAUGCAUAGUGGCCGUCUGAGUCGCACACUAACGAGCCAUACAACAGAAGUUUCAGGAGUGAAAGUCACGGAGAAAGAUGAUUUCCUUAUAUCUUCUGGUGGUAACAGAAUAACAUUCUGGAGCUUCCGAAGGGAUGAUGCUACGGGCCAUACUACCAGCAUCCGUAAAACUUCUCAGCACUCCCAGCAGAUGCACUCUGCAGCAAUUACUUGCUUGGAUAUAUCCCGUGAUGGCACCAUGGCUGUGACAGGUGGUGUGGACAGUUUGGUGAACAUCUGGCAGCUCAAUACUCAUGAACUCCAUUCAACCUUAGAAGGACACUUUGCUUCUGUUACUUGUGUUGCAUUUUCUCCAAAUGGACUGUUUGCUGUGUCUGGAUCAGAAGAUAAGACUGCUAGAGUGUGGGGGCUUACUUUAGGCUUAGUCGUCUCUGUGUUUAAGGGCCACCAAGCAACAAUAACAGCAGUGGCAGCCAUGAUGGACAGCCGGCGUGUAGUGACUGCUGACAGACAGGGGAUUCUCGCAGUGUGGCUCGCAGACAAUGCAACUCUGCUUCACUCAUGUGGAGGCCCGAACCAGUGUUUGGCGAUAACUAACUCCAUGAAGUAUGUUGUAUGUGGAAAUGGAGAUACAAGUUUACGAAUAUGGGCUGUAAACAGAGAAGAUGAGCGUUACACAGUCUCUCACAGUGAAGAGAUUACCUGUUUUGUCCUAACGAUGGAUUCUCAGUACGUGAUAACAGGCUCAAGAGACAUGUCACUGAAAGUGUGGCAGGUUGCAGGAGGCAAACUAGCACAGGUUCUUGUAGGUCAUAGUGACCACGUAACAUGUGUUGCUGUAUCCAUUUUAAACAAAUCCCUUGUUGUCUCUGGAUCUCGUGAUUCAAAUCUUAUUGUCUGGGAUAUUAACACAGGCAAUGACAUUCAUAUCCUGAGUGGACACUUGGGUUGUGUAACUACGGUGAAAGUAUCAGGAGAUGGCAGCCUGGCAGUGUCCGGUUCUGAGGAUAAGAGCAUCAUUGUGUGGGACACGAGGCGUGGACGUCCCCUCUCCUGCCUGCAACUCCAGGUGCCGAUCCUAUCUUUGGAGAUGUCUACAGACUGCUCGAGAAUUGCAGUUCAUCUCCUGGAAAGCCGGCAGCUUCCCAUCAUUUGCCUGCAUAACACCCCAGCUACUUAUGUCAAAAUGCCAAGUUAUGUUGCUCCUGCAAAAGAGGUUGAAGACUUGCGACCCACUGGGCCUAAGAGACCAAUGAGAAGACUAUUGAAAAAGGAGGUCUCUCUAGACACGUAUACCUGGCAGAAGAAAUAUGGACACUUGACGUCUUCCAUAAUGAUGGCAGCUGUUGAUGAAAGACUGAAGAGGAGGUUCUCUGUCUCUGCCAGUAUGGAGGAAAUUUCAAAAAUACCAACCAAAGGUUCUACCAUGGGUUCACAACAGUGUGUGGGACCUGAGCAGGCAGCACUUGCCCAGUCUCAGCAUUUUGAUCAGUUGGAAGCAUUGUGGAAUAAAAGGUCCCCACCAAGAAGACGUCACAAUCAGUCCUUGUCCAAGCAGAACUCUCGCUCAAGUCGGAGAGACUCUUCAGACAACGAUGAACGAACCCCUGGUGAGGAGACUGUAGGUGCGUUUGGAGAUAACGAAAAGUCGACUGCAGUUAGAGAUCCACGUCUCACCCAAUCGUGUAUCACCCAAUGACAGUGGUGUUGGGGUUCCUUUUAGUGAACCCUAUGAUAGUAUAUGCAUAGACAUUAAUCAGCUAGUCAGAAAAAUCCUCUUUUUUGCAUGUAUCAAAUGUGUACAUUUUUUUGUUUUUA